AUGGAUUCUAACCAUCAUGAUUUACGCCUUCUCUCUAUUGACGGAGGCGGAGUCCGCGGUCUCUCCAGCCUCCUCAUCCUACAGCGUAUAAUAUAUGUUCUGGAAAUUAAACUCGGGCCCGAUGCCAAACGACCCUUGCGGCUAUGCGACUAUUUCGAUAUAAUAGCCGGCACGUCCACUGGUGGCCUUAUUGCUAUCAUGUUGGGAACACUCGGCAUGACCAUUGAUGAAUGUAUAGUUGCCUACUUGGAUUUGGCCCCGAAAAUAUUCCCCUUUCAAGGCUUCUUCUUUGUUUGUGCCACUCGAGGAAUUGUCCACACACCAGUCCUCCUUCGAAGCUAUCCGAGCAAAUGGGAACCUAACACGGGAUGUACAAUUUGGCAAGCUGCACGAGCGACCUCGGCAGCCCCAUUGUACUUCAACGGUAUAAAAUUUGGCGUUCCUCCAAUAACUUACGUCGAUGGUGGCCUGCAUAAUAAUAACCCUGUACGCAUCCUCUAUGAGGAGGCCAUGGGCUUAAUAAAUGCCUCAAGUGGUCAAACCAUCGGCUGCAUAGUCAACACUGGCAAUGGAUUACCGCCGUUACGUGAUCUGGGGAUGCCGUUCCUCUUUCCUUUCGCCCUCUUGAUUCUAAGCCGGAUAAUAAAGCUGCACCAUAGAUCAGUGGGAGCCCAACCGCCUCUCCUGGUUAUUUCUAGCUGGAAUGAAAUACGUCUAUUCUGGCAGAAAUGUCCGUAUCAAACCGCACUGCACUAUACAGAUUUACCGUUCCAGAUACCUCGGUUGUCUCACAGAGGCUAUAAAUUAUUCAUUUUUGUGUUGAUUUUGUGGUACUUUAUUCAGGAACCAGGAGCUUUCGUCAACAAUCGUGCUGGAAUGUCUCUCAAAUCAAUUGAAAUAGUUCAGGGCAGCCUUGAGCCUUCAGUCCUAGCCAGCGCAUUUGUACAAUUCUCCCCAUCCUCUGACGAGUGA